AUGGUUUAUAUGACGGUCAUUGAACACAGUUGUGACAGAUUGCACUUGUCUAGGGGACCUAAUUUCUGGUCAUGGUGCCUACUUAUUGGUGUGAUUAUUGGUGGCCUAGGUGUAAUUUAUUAUAGCUCAGGUAAUAUAUUAUGGGAGAUAAUAUGUCUGCUUGGAGCCCUUCUCUGGGGACUGACAGGAAUGGAGGACUGGGAAGAAUGCGUCUUUGACAAAAUUUCAGGACAAGUUACAAUCCAAAAAAGAAAUUUGUUGCAAAAAUUACUGCCAUCUGUGAUGAAACAACCAGUUGUUGUGGCAAACUUUGAAGAUAUCAUAAGUGUGAGAGUGGUAGAAAAAGAGUUGAAAUAUUUCGGCCAGGGACAACAGGUGGUCUUACAGCUCAACACUGGUGUUACCCUUGGGGUCACUGAAUCUUUUACGAUGGGAAAAAUCAGUGACCACCAUGCCAUUGCCCAUAAGAUUGAGAGCUUUCUACAACCUUACAUCUCACCAAUCUCUCCAGAUAAUGAUGGUGAUGAUUACCUGGGUGACAGUUCAUCUUCAGAGGACAGUUUUGAACAGAUUGGUCCCCAGGAUCUGCUUCCUGACCCCUUGCCAUCUAUCCCAGACAAUUUCUUUAUUCCUGUUUUUUUUUUUUAUAAACUUUGUAUUCUUCUAUAUUCUUUUAUUCCUGUUUUUUAUACUUUGUAUUCUUUUAUUCCUUUAUUCCAUUCUUUUUAUACUUUAUUAUUCCUAUAUUUCUUUAUUCCUGUUUUUUUUUUUAUAAACUUUGUAUUCUUCUAUAUUUCUUUUAUUCCUUUUUUAUACUUUAUUUCUUUUAUUCCUUUUUUUUUUUUUAUAAACUUUGUAUUCUUCUAUAUUCUUUUUAUUCCUUUUUUUAUACUUUUGUAUUCUUCUAUAUUCCUUUAUUCCAUUCUUUUUAUACUUUAUUUCUUUAUUCCUGUUUUUUUUUUUUAUAAACUUUGUAUUCUUCUAUAUUCUUUUAUUCCUGUUUUUUAUACUUUGUAUUCUUCUAUAUUCCUUUAUUCCAUUCUUUUUAUUCCUUUGUAUUCCUCUAAAUUUCUUUUUUAUUUUUUUUUUUUUUUUUUUUUUAUAUUCUUUUAUUCUCUAGAUUUUUUAUUCCUUUUUUUUUCUUUUUUCUUUAUUCUUUUAUUCCUUUUUUUUAUACUUUUGUAUUCCUCUAUUUUCUUUAUUCCUGUUUUUUUCCAUUUAUUUUUUUUCCUCUAUAUUCUUUUAUUCCUAUAUUUUUUAUUUUUUUUUAUUCUUCUAUAUUCCUUUAUUCCAUUCUUUUUUUUUUAUUCCUCUAGAUUUCUUUAUUCCUUUUUUUUUAUAAAUUCUAUAUUCUUUUAUUCCUGUUUUUUUACUUUGUAUUCUUCUAUAUUCCUUUAUUCCAUUCUUUUUAUACUUUGUUUCUUUAUUCCUGUUUUUUAUACUUUGUAUUCCUCUAUAUUUCUUUAUUCCUGUUUUUUUUUUUAUAAACUUUGUAUUCCUCUAUAUUCUUUUAUUCCUGUUUUUCAUACUUUGUAUUCUUCUAUAUUCCUUUAUUCCAUUCUUUUUAUACUUUGUAUUCCUCUAUAUUCCUUUAUUCCUGUUUUUUAUACUUUCUUUUCCUUUUUCUUACUGACUCUACAAUUUUUUUCCUUUCUUUUUCUUUUUCCCUUUUUUUUCCCCUAUUUUUUUUUUCCUUUUUUCUCUUCUUACUUUUUCCCUAACUUCAAUUUUUUCAUCCUUUUUCUUUUUGUCACUUUUCCCUUCCUUUUUUUAUUUCCUUUCUUUUUCUCUUCUUACUUUUUUCCUUUCCUUUUCGCUACUUUUCUUUUUCUUUUUUCCCUUCCUUUUUUUUUAUUUCCUUUCUUUUUUCCUACUUUUUCUUUCUUUUUCUCUUACUUUUUUCCUUUUCUUUCUUUUUUCCCUACUUUUUCUUUUUUCCUCUCUCUUUUUUUCCUAACUUCAUUUUUUUCCUUUCUUUAUCUUUUUCUCUUUUUCCUUUUUCUUCUUUUUCCUUUUCUUACUUAA